CGCGGCCCCGCGGCGAUUUGUGGCCGGUUUGUGUGUGUGUGUAUGUGUGUGUGUCUCUCUUCAGGAGGACGACUUACUUCCAAUUAUCCUCUUGCACACAGCGAUUUUUCCUCCCGUUUUCAGUGUCCUCGAGAGCGGAGACCUCCACGGCUCAUCGCGGGACCGUGUCAUGGACUUUAUUCGUUUGUUUUCAGAGGAAUUUACCACGUUCCUCAGCAAGCUAAGCUAGGUAUCGAGCUCGCGAGCUAAUAACGUUACUGGAUUUGCGCAAAUUCUCCGCACUCGGAAGUUGCACAGACGAAAAAAAUAACUGCUCUCCACCGGAUAAAUACAUUUGGAAUCAUUCAUAAACUCUCUUCCUGUCCCGACGGCUUGAUACGAAGAAGAUAAAAGGCUAUCGUUACCUCAGCGGAGCUAACGAGCUAACAUGAAGUUAGCCAGCUAACGUUAACGCUUUCGUGUGGAAGAAAACACCUUCCGAGCGAGAGCUUGUUAUAUGAAUUUCAGAUAGUUAAAAGCUUGGUGAUGUCGGGUUGAUCAGGUCUUUGAGCUUGAUAUUGAAUGACUGAGCUGUCUUAUUGAAGGGUUGGGCUGAUGAUCUGUCCUGUAAACUUAAGCCAAAACCACUCACCUUAAUAAUCGUCGGGUUUAGCAUUUACGAUAGUUACAUUACGUUUUGUAUUCGUUGAUAUAGAAGUCAUUGGCAUUUAAUCUAGAAACGCAUGUUAAUUUUUUUUGGGGUAGGAUAGAUUAGCUGGUCCAACAGGUUAUUAGUUAUAUCAGCGUUUUUGUUGUGGCCAGGCCUAUGGUUGUGAAGGGGGAUGAGAAUGAAUUGUGUUGGGAAAGAGGUGUAAGAGCUCAAGUUGUGGACUGUCAUCUUAAAAAACUGAGUUGUAUGGAAUUGGGCAGCUGGGUUGGCAUCAUGGGGGUAUCGCAAGGGGGCAUGAAGAAGUCAUCUACAUAGUGUCUAAGUACUUUUUAAGUUAUGUAGUCGGUCAACUGGACAGCCUAGUAUUUUUGUGUGUUGUUCUCCUGAUAAGUCAUUAGAAAGAUUAGAGCAACAGGGCAGUCUGGAUCAAGAAAUCCUGUCUUUCGUCUCUGGUUGGAGUUGCACACCCAAGCCAUCCUCAAUGCCUUCAGCACUGGCCGUGUUCACCUGUCGCCCAAAUUCACACCCGUUUCAGGAACGUCAUGUCUAUCUGGAUGAGCCGGUCAGAAUCGGGCGAUCCGUGGCCCGGUGUCGCCCUGCCCAGAACAACGCUACCUUCGACUGCAAAGUGUUGUCCAGGAAUCACGCUCUGGUGUGGUUCGACCACAAGACUGGAAAGUUCUAUCUCCAGGACACCAAGAGCAGCAAUGGCACCUUUAUCAACAGCCAGCGUCUGAGCCGGGGGUCGGAGGAGAGCCCUCCCUGUGAGGUGCUCUCCGGUGACAUCAUUCAGUUUGGGGUGGAUGUGACGGAGAACACCCGGAAAGUCACUCAUGGCUGUAUAGUGUCGACCAUCAAGCUCUUCUUACCAGAUGGCAUGGAAGCUCGGCGGCGUUCAGAUGUUGUUCCAGCACCACUGCCACUGGCUAUUGAUAAGGUGUCUGCAAAUACACCCAGUAUGUAUUCUCAGGAACUGUUUCAGCUCUCCCAGUACCUGCAGGAGGCCUUACACAGAGAGCAGAUGCUGGAGCAGAAGUUGGCCACUUUACAGAGACUGCUGGCCAGCACACAGGAAGCAUCAGAGAGCAGCUGGCAGGCUUUAAUCGAUGAAGACCGGUUACUCUCUAGAUUGGAGGUGAUGGGGAAUCAGUUGCAAGCAUAUUCAAAAAACCAACCAGAAGAUGGUAUCCGAAAGGAGCUUGUAGCCCUAACAGAGGACAAACACAAUUAUGAGACGACAGCCAAAGAGUCCCUGAAGCGGGUCCUUCAGGAGAAAAUUGAGGUGGUUAGGAAGCUGUCUGAGGUGGAGAGGAGUAUGAGUAACACCGAGGACGAGUGCACACACCUGAGAGAGAUGAAUGAACACACACAGGAGGAGCUCAGAGAACUCGCCAACAAAUAUAAUGGAGCCGUCAAUGAAAUCAAAGAUCUGACGGAAAAGAUCAAGUUGGCAGAAGUCAAACACGAGGAUCUCACUCAGAAAGGCCUGAACGAGAAGAAAGAGCUACAGCUGAAGAUUGAAGAGAUGGAGGAUAAGGAGCAGGCGCUUCAAGCUCGAAUCGAAGCUCUGCAAGCAGACAAUGACUUCACCAAUGAGAGACUAACGGCGCUGCAAGUCCGGUUAGAACAGCUGCAGGAGAAAAGCAUAAAGGAAAACAACAGUUUAGACCACUUUCUUUUAAAGAGUGGAGGAGACUGCACUUUAAUCCAACAGUACAUUGAGUGUCAAUCGGUGAGGCAGCUGAAGGAAGCUGUGGACUCUUCCAUUAACAAGCUGUCCAACUUUGACGAAGUCAUUGAUGCACAUCUUCAGAAUAACCAGACGACAGUGGACAACAGCUUGGCCAGUCCGGACAGGCUUAAAGAAAACCAGAUAGACGCUAAAGAGUGUGAUAUGUCAGAUACUCUGAGCCCCAGCAAGGAGAAAAGCAGCGACGACACAUCAGACGGACAGAUGGAUGAACAAGAACUGAACGAGCCCCAGAACAGGGUUUCUCUUCUGAAAGAAAUGGAGUCAGGAGACUCUGAGCAGGUCAUUCCUCACCUCCACCGAGAGCUGCAGGAGGCCCAGGAGCUCGCCAACACUGGCAAACAGAAAUGCCUCGAGCUGCAAGCUCUUCUGGAGGAGGAGAGGACAACCAACAGACAGCAGACUGAAGAAUCUGCUAAACAGAUCCGCUUCUUACAGACUCAACUGGCGAAGCUCCAGUCCGAUAUGGAGGCGUUGCGUGAGCAGAGAGAGAACACUAUCAGCAUCACCCGAGAGGAGCUCUACAGCGCCCAGGAGGAGAUCCUGGUUCUCCGGCACGCCGUGGAGACCGCCACCGCCGAGCGGGAACGAGAGAUCACCGCUCUGCAGGGAGACCUGAGCACUGUCACCGCCGAACUGGACAAAUGGAGACAGACGGCAGCCAAAAAAGAUUGGGGUGAAUUGGAGAAGCUUCAGGCUGAAUGCUCUGGUCUGCAGAAUGAAUGUGACGGUCUGCGGGCUGAGAAGACUACACUCAAGCAGAAACUCCACAGACUAGAGGAAGAGCUCGACAGCUCCAGAGAGCGGAGCGUGACGUUGAGCAGCAGCCUAAACGCUCUGGAGAAAUCCCAGGGUGACCUGGAGAACAAACUGGGCUCGAUACAAGACCAGCACCAACAGGACGCUAGCAAACUGAAGAUCCAGCUGGUUCGAGCUGAAGGCCACACCAGAGACCUGCAGAAGGAGUACGACGACACUCAGAAUCUGCUCUCAGAUCUCCGGCAGCAGUAUGAGCAGACGGAGCAGGAGAAACACUCCAUCAACGACGAGCUGGAGCAGUGCAAGGUCAACCUCAAGCUCCUGCAGGAGAAGGGCAGCAAUAGCGGUUGGAUGCCCUGGAUAACGGUGGUUGCAGCCGUGGUUGCAGUGACAGCAGUGGUGAUUUAUCCCAACUUGUCCAAGAGCUCCUCCUGAGAACCAAUCAGAACACUCGUCUCUACCACCUAGCUCCGCCCUCUGUCCAAUCCCAGUGUCAGCUUUAGCCAACACAGUCUAAACCUGAACGUAAUACCUCGUUUUGACAAUACAGUCCCAAUGUCUGUGUAAAAUGCAAAUGUAUAUAGUAUAGAAAAAAAGAGGGAAUAAAGUUGUGUAAUGCAUAUUAUAGAAUAAAUAAUCUAUCAGCAUUUUUGUCACUCGGAUGGGAAUUUGAAUUAUUAAAAUGGCCUAAACUAGGUCUACCGUUUUGUUUAGCAAGUUUUUGUUUCUUGGACUGUUCUUGUGGUUUGCCAUGUCAAUUGUGGUAAUCCAGUUAAAUGUACAAACCAAAUCAGAAUCUGAACUCUAGGGCACAGAGGGGCGAAGUGCCUAUUUUAAACAUUACUAGGACUAGUUCACAUUGAAGUGCCACUCAUGCAGCGUAUCAUCAAUUCAAAUGGAAAAAAAGUCAAUUUCACAUCGUCUGUGCUGUUAUUGUGUUCAACCCGACAUGCUUCUAGCACAGUGAUGUUGUUGUUGUUCUCUAUGGCUGUUUCUAUUGUACCUUGUGUAAGCAAAUGUUCACGUCAGAGACACUACAAGUAUCUAGGUGGUUUUCAAAUUCGACGUUCUUGACAUGUUAGGAUUGCGGUCAGUUUCAAACCGAUAACGAAAAACGAAAAUACAACAAAAGUAACUUCUUAUCAACACACUGUCCUGCUGUUUGGAUGAGAUGGAGCACUUUCCAUCGUUUCAGUACCUACAGUACCUCCUGAAAAAGGCUCUGGGAUUCUGCUGCCUUACUUGUAACAUAAGUUAAUUCUUAAAGAAUGAAAUUAGAUGCAAAGGCUUUAAAAUGAAUGGGGUUAAUGGUGAAAGAGUCACAAAUCCACUCUCGGGUGAGAGAGAUUUAUUUUAAGGGUGAACGGGAAUGGGUUGUUAAAAUGUGGAUGUGCAAGUUGCUUUGAGACUCCAGGAAGAUGAAUUCACCAAUGAUGUGUUUGGUGUGUGGUUCACAUUUGUCUGCUGUGCUGUAAAUAAACAGUCGUGGAGCAAAAAGCCCAACUCCUCUGGUUCAACGUGUCGAGGACUUUGUUUUUGCAUCUUUUUUUGUUUUACUGGAAAGACAUACUGCAACAAAAAUCCAUUGAACACUUCAACAUGGAUUUGACUAUGAAUGCAAAAAAGCAAAGCUUGUAGCACAGAAGGGAUAGCUUUAAACAGAUCUCUUGCAUCGAAAGCAUGAUGUAAUUUUUUUAUUUCUAAAAUCCGUUUGGAACAUCGUCCUUCACGUUGGAAGAAUGCUCACAGGCCGUUUGUAAAUAUGUAUGUAUGAAUGUUUGUGUGUAAAUAUGUUAUAGUCACAAAAUAAACAUUGGAUAUAAAUGA